AUGAAUCCCUAUUCUUCAAUCAUAUAUCGCCUCGUUUUCCAUUCCUCCGAUCCUCUAGACAAUAAUUUUGAUGUCCCCGAUCGCAGCUUUCAUUCUCUCGCAACGUCUUGGUAUCUUGCUACCAACUCUGUGUCCUGUGCCAAAGAACUUAUUCCUGAGUUUUUCUUCCUGCCUGAAUUUCUGAUAAACCAUGAACAUUUGGAAAUCGGUACCAAACAAAAUGGCAUGGUUAUCAACGAUGUUAUCCUUCCACCGUUGCCCUUGCAGAUGGCCAAGCUCUUACGCAUUGAGUUUGAGAAGCUUCUAAUUCAUUAUGACACUUACUUUCGCUAUGCAACGGCUCCCAACUGGGCCAAACGCGACGCUCGCCUCUUCAUCAUGGUCAACCGAGCUGUUCUCGAAAGUAAUUAUGUCUCUAACAAUUUGGCCGCUUGGGUUGAUCUGACUUUUGGCUACCAGCAGACUGGAAGACGAGCACAAGAGGCCUUGAAUCUCUACCAUCCUUAUGUGGGUUUGUCAAUCUAG